AUGACAACAGUUCGAAUAGUUCUGACUAUAGCUAUCUCCAAAGGAUGGUCUUUACAGCUGAUGGAUGUUAAGAAUGCAUUACUAUACAAUGAUCUUAAAGAAGAAAUUUAUGAUAUUGUUAUUACCGGAACUGACUCCGAAUUAAUAUCUCAACUCCAAAAUCGAUUGAAGGAUUCUUUUCACAUGAAUGAUUUGGCUGAUACUCCUUUGGAGGUAAAUGUUACGUAUCGUAGAGAGGAGAGUGAUCAUCUUUUUUAUCCUUCGUUAUAUCGCCAGUUUGUGAGUAGUUUGAAUUAUCUUACUAUUACUCGACUCGAUAUCUCUUUUGCCAUACAACAAGGAUGUUUGUUUAUGCAUGCUCCACGACAUCUCCACUUAGCCAUGGUUCCUCGAAUUAUUUGUUACUUGCUGGGUACACCUGAUAGGGGUUGGUGUAUGUUUCUUGGCAGUGCCCUUAUUCCCUGGCACAGUAAGAAGCAAGAUCGUGUCUCUAAAUCUUUCACUGAAUCUAAAUAUCGUUCUCUACCUGCUCUGAUAUUAUUUGGCUUCGAGAUUUGCUACCAGAGCUUGGCUGCCUUCAACUUAACCCUACACCACUUCAUGCUGACAAUACUACAUCAAUUUGAGGGGGAUGUCAAUAAGAUCAUGAAGAUUAUGGAUGAAGAUUACGGAUUGAUAUACUACCAUAUUUAG